AUGGUGCACAUACCAUCACCAUAUGCAUUUGAUUACUGGUUGAGAGAACCGACCAGUAGUCAAGUUGAACUUAGUUGCCUUAUGCCAAAUGGAAUUUUCAUUCCUCUUCCAGCUAAUCGAAAUGCAAUAUUGUUGGAAAUCAAAGAGGAAUUAUGGGAAGAAGCAAGCAAGUAUCCUUUUCCAGGAAUUUUGAGAGAUGCUUCCUCUUAUAUUUUCUCAUGUAUUAGUACAAUGGGAGAAACGGAAGAAUUACGUGAUGAAAAUAGACGUCUCUGUGAUAUUAGGCCAUUUUGUUCUGUUCUGAAAGUCAUAGAGAAGAAAAAAGGAGAUGGUGAUGGAGAUGAAAAGGCUUUAAAUUUUCAAAUUAGUUCUUUAAUUGGAAAAGGUCUUCAUGAGUUUGAAGCAUUAAAAAAUCCAGAGGUGAAUGAUUUUCGAUGGAAAAUGAAACUUCUCGGUUCUGAAGUUGCUAGAAGUAGGCAAAACAAAUCUUGGUUGGAAAAAAUAGCUUAUCAAUUUCCCCCAAGACUGGCAUCUUCUUCAGCAAUUCCCGCUAGUUGUUUAGCAAGAAUGAGAGAAGGAAGUUAUUUUGUUAUUGUAUCAAAAUUUCAAAACACUGAUAGUGCUUUUAAAUUCAAUAUUUCUUAUUCUACUACUCCAAUUCAAUUGUUACAAUUGAUUUUAAAUAAAAAAUCAAUUACUUUAAACACAAAAGGAGAGCAUCCUAGUGAAUUUAUGUUAAAAGUUUGUGGCCAAGAAGAAUAUUUAAUAGGAGGUUAUCCUUUAGUGAGAUUUUUGUACAUUCAAGAGUGUUUAUCACGAGAAGUCACACCUACAGUUGUUGUGAUCAUAAUGAUAAAAUUAAAUUUUUUAGUGGAUCAAGAUAAUGUUUAUGAAAAUUUAGAUGAUUUAGAUUUAAGCGCAAGUAGGCAAACAUUCUCUACAUUAACAUUAAGAAAAAAUAAAGGAAAGUAUUUAUCAUCGUGGACUAUUGAUGAUCGAUUUUCAUUAAAGAUUUGUGCAAUAAGUAGACUGAAUACUGAUGUAAAUAGAACUGUAGGAAUUCAAGUGGGUAUUUUUCACGGGGGUAAACCCUUAUGUGAAUCUCAAAAAACUUCAGAGAAAGCAGUUUUAAAAGAUGGAAAAGUCGACUUUGAAGAAGAACUUACAUUUGAUAUUCAGAUCUCAAAUAUACCAAGGAUGGCAAGACUGUGUUUUGCUGUUUAUGAAAUUUCUAAAAGUGCCAAAGGUGUUAAAGCUAAAAAAGUUAAAGAUUCAAAACAGGAUUUAUACAUGAAUCCCCUGACUUGGGUAAAUACAACCGUUUACGACUUUAAAAAUCAAUUAAAAACAGGUGAUAUAACCCUUUACAUGUGGACUUAUGCGGAAGACUCUCAGCAUGAAGAAAUGCUACAAUCAUUGGGAACUGUUGUUUCUAAUACGAAUGUCGAUCACGCAACGGCUUUAACAUUAUCGUUCAAAAGUUACUCGACCGAGCAUACAAUUAUUUAUCCGAGCGUUGAAAAAAUGAUUGAACACGCGGAAAAAUAUUUCGAUCCAUGUUCGGUAGCUAAUUUUUCACCCCAAGAUGUGAAAACGUAUUUGGAAAACGUUAGGCAGUUGGCCGAAAGCGAUCCUUUACGUGACAUGCACGAACAAGACUUAAAAGAAUUGUGGGCUUUGCGUUACGAGGCUCAAAAAUAUGUUCCCACUUUAUUAGCCAAAUUGUUAGAUACCGUCGAAUGGAACAAUCGGAACGAGGUUGCCGAAGCUAUAUCGCUAUUACAAAAAUGGCCGAGGUUGCCGGUUGAAAAAGCUUUAGAAUUAUUAGAUUACGCUUAUGCAGAUCAACAAGUGAGAUCUUUUGCAGUGAAAUGUUUACAAUCCGUUUCGGACGAAGAACUAUCCCUAUAUCUUUUACAAUUAGUUCAGGCUUUAAAGCACGAAUCGUAUCUUUCUUGUGAUCUUGUAGAAUUUCUAUUGAGAAGAGCACUUAACAAUAGGAAAAUUGGUCAUUUUUUGUUUUGGCAUCUCAAAUCGGAAAUGACAGUGCCUUGUGUAUCAAUACGUUUCGGUCUUAUAUUAGAAGCUUAUUGUCGCGGUAGUCAAAAACAUAUGGAUAUAUUAUCAAAACAAUUAGAUUAUUUAAAUAAAAUGAAAGAGACUUCCGAGUUGUUAAGACAGAGAAAGGAUAGGGAUAAAGCAAGGCAAUGGUUACACGAAAGACUUGGCGAGUCUCAUUGUUUGGAAGCUCUGUCAGAUGUUGUCAAUCCUUUAAAUCCGAGAUUUAAAAUGAAAAAAAUCAAAGUGGAAAAAUGCAGGGUCAUGGAUAGUAAAAUGCGUCCACUAUAUUUGGUUAUGGAAAAUGAUGAUCCAUACGGUGAUGACGUUUACAUAAUAUUUAAAAAUGGAGAUGAUCUAAGGCAAGACAUGUUAGCUUUACAAAUGAUUAAAAUAAUGGAUAUGCUGUGGAAAAACGAGGGAUUGGAUUUAAGAAUGAAUCCCUACGGAUGCGUUUCCACGGAGCACCGAGUGGGUUUAAUAGAAGUUGUUCUCAAUGCGGAAACGAUUGCCAACAUUCAAAAGGAAAAGGGAAUGUUUUCCGCUACUUCCGCUUUUAGCAAAGGAUCCUUAUUAGCUUGGUUAAAAGACUACAAUCCGGAAGAAAAUCAACUUUUAAAAGCGAUCGAAGAAUUUACUCUUUCCUGUGCCGGUUACUGCGUUGCCACCUACGUCCUGGGCGUAGCCGAUCGUCACUCCGACAACAUAAUGGUAAAAAAGUCUGGCCAAUUGUUUCACGUCGAUUUCGGACACAUAUUGGGACAUUUUAAAGAAAAAUUUGGAUUUCGAAGAGAGAGAGUACCGUUCGUGUUGACUCACGAUUUCGUACACGUCAUUAACAAAGGACAAAAAGACAAAAAAGAAGCAUUGGAAUUUCAAAUUUUUCAAAAUCAUUGCGAAAAAGCUUUUUUAAUACUUCGGAGACACGGUAGUCUGAUUUUAUCUCUGUUUGCCAUGAUGAUAUCGACGGGACUCCCGGAAUUGUCGAGUGAAAAAGACUUGAAUUAUUUAAGGGAAACUUUAGUUUUAGAUUUAUCGGAAAACGAAGCGCUCUUGCAUUUCAGAUCGAAAUUUUGCGAAGCUUUGGCGAAUUCAUGGAAAACGAGUUUGAAUUGGGCUUCGCACAAUCUCGCGAAAAACAAUAAGCAAUAA